AUGAAAGCAAAGUCCAGCAACGGCGGCUGGUUAUUUCAUGAGCUUCUCGGGAACUGCAUGGGCCUCAUCAACGGGGACCGUUGGAAGAAAAUUCGGGCUCAGUUUAAUCACCUCUUCAUUCAUCAUGCCGUCGCAUCUAUCUCCAAUCAUGUUGAGCUCGCAGCAUCCAGGUACUUGCAAACUAUUGAGGCAAAGGGAGAUGAGUCUGUUGAGGUACAUGCUGCCAAUGACUUCUCACGAUUUCCGUUCAUGACCACUGCAGAGUAUCUUUAUGGGCCCUUGACAGACGACGAAAAGGAGGAGCUAUGGAGCCUGGGUCAACAGAGUCUUGGACUCAUGGGCAACGUCCUUUCUGGUGGACUAUAUCGUUUCAGCCUGUGUCAAUGGGCGAAGCCAAAGUCAUCUCAGCAACUCCAGAGUUUUCAAACUAGAUGGCGGAUAUUUAACGAAAAGAUGGCAGAAUCGCGAGGGGUGUCAGACCAUGAGCCACCAGCUAUCGUGGAGGCUUGGAAAGGUGUGGAAAUUGGCGACGUUUCAGCAGAAGAGGUUCUUCAAACUCUGAGUGAAAUGCUUUUUGCAAAUCUUGAUGUCUCUACACACGUUCUCAGUUGGCUUAUCAUCUUCCUUGCGGAAGAUGUCAACACACAGCGACAAGUUCGAGAAGAAUUUGCAGACAAGACAGGGUCUGUUGCGGAGUUAUGCGAAAGGAAAGACACUAUCUUACAAUAUUGCUUUUGGGAGUCAGCCAGACUUCGGCCCUUUACUGUUUUCACGAUUCCUGAAAGCUCAACACAGACGAAAAACCUUCAGGGCUAUAUUAUUCCCCCAUACACGAGCGUUGUUGUAGACACACUCGCAAUCAACUAUAACCCGGAUUUUUGGGGGAAGGAUAACUGUCAAUUCAAACCACAUCGGUUUCAGCAUCUAUCUUCAACUGAGCUUCGCUAUAAUCUCUUCACAUUUGGAUUUGGAACACGAAAAUGCCUUGGACAGCAUUUUGCCCUGGCUAUGCUGAAGCAUCUUGUAUACCAGCUUGUGGAUCGAUACGAGAUAGAAUUACCAGGGUUGGAAGCCAGGAAGAGUUGGAGCUCGCAGCCCAUUCAAGACACCUGGGUCCCGAUUGCCAACGCGCGGAUUAUUCUGAAGCCAAGGAAAUGA